CCAUUCUCUUUCUCUCUCAAGACAUUUCCACAAACACUUAACAUCUUGUUCAUGGCUAGACCACAACAACGUUACAAAGGUGUCCGUCAAAGACAUUGGGGUUCAUGGGUCUCCGAAAUUCGUCACCCUCUACUAAAGACAAGAAUAUGGCUUGGAACAUUUGAGACGGCGGAGGAUGCUGCGAGAGCGUACGAUGAGGCGGCGAGGAUAAUAUCGGGGUGUAGAGCAAAGACAAAUUUCAUGUACAAUGAAAUAUCUCAUCAGUCAAGUUCAACUAGGUUUCUCUCAUCUACUUUGAUGGCUAAACUUCAUAGAUAUCAACUCAGAUCUCUUGAGAUUGUCAAGAAAAACACCGGCGGAGAAAUGGCUGGAGGUGGAGGACCGAAGAUUGAGGAAGAAGAAGAGAUUAAGAGGGUUGAUCAUGAAGAUGAUGAUUAUAUAGAAGAGAUGAUAGAGGAGCUGCUUAAUUAUGAUGGGACUUCAAUUGAGUUAUGUUCUGUUUAAUUAAUUAUUUAUCAUCUCUCUCAUUACCAAACCUACCAGCUACCUACUUAAAUUACCAUCAUUUAGUGUUAAGAACAAUAGAUAAUUACAUGUUUU